AUGGAGGACGUCUACCGUUACACCCGCAGCCCUGCCUGGGAGGAACUGGAGCCGGAGAAAGGGCCGGCGUCCGCGGCGGGGAUCCAUGCCCAUGUGGUGGGCGCUGUCGCCGGCUCCGGUGCUGCAGACGAGUCCUCCGACUCCGAGGCAGAGCAGGAAGGCCCCCAGAAACUGAUCCGGAAAGUGUCCACCUCCGGGCAGAUCAGGAGCAAGACGAGUAUAAAGGAGGGACUGCUGCUGAAACAGACCAGCUCCUUCCAGAGGUGGAAGAAGCGCUACUUCAAGCUGAGAGGCCGAACUCUCUACUACGCCAAAGAUGCCAAGUCCGGCAGUGCUCUGGCACGCUGGCAGGAGCGGGCGCUGCGCAGGGUGUCCAGGAGUCGCGUGUGCUGGCGGGUUCUGUCCGUGUGCUGGACGGGCGCACGCCGCUCCCCCCCCCCUCUGGGCGCCAGCGGAUCUGAGGAAGGCCUAGUGAGAAUCCGGUCCCUUAUCUUUGACGAGGUGGAUCUGUCAGACGCCAGCGUGGCAGAGUCCAGCACAAAGAAUGUCAACAACAGCUUCACAGUGAUCACUCCGUUCCGUAGACUCAUCCUCUGUGCUGAGAACAGGAAAGAGAUGGAGGACUGGAUCAGUUCACUGAAGUCCGUCCAGUCCAGAGAGCACUACGAGACGGCUCAGUUUAAUGUGGAACAUUUCUCAGGGAUGCACAACUGGUACGCCUGCUCCCACGCACGGCCCACCUUUUGCAACGUCUGUAAAGAUAGCUUGUCUGGGGUCACGUCUCAUGGCCUCUCUUGUGAAGUGUGUAAAUUCAAAGCCCACAAACGCUGUGCCGUCAGAGCCACCAACAACUGUAAGUGGACCACCCUGGCCUCCAUAGGGAAGGACAUCAUUGAGGAUGAGGACGGGAUUGCGAUGCCUCACCAGUGGUUGGAAGGCAACCUGCCCGUCAGUGCCAAGUGUGCUGUGUGUGAUAAGACGUGUGGCAGCGUGCUCAGACUGCAGGACUGGCGCUGCCUCUGGUGUAAAGCUAUGGUGCACACAGCCUGCAUGGACCUGUACCCUCGCAAGUGUCCUCUGGGUCAGUGCAAAGUCUCCAUCAUUCCCCCUACAGCGCUCAACAGCAUCGACUCAGACGGAUUCUGGAAAGCCACCUGUCCCCCCUCCUGUGCCAGUCCGCUCCUGGUUUUUGUCAAUUCCAAAAGCGGAGACAACCAGGGAGUGAAGUUCCUACGACGCUUCAAGCAGCUCCUGAACCCGGCUCAGGUCUUUGACCUGGUCAACGGCGGGCCGCACCUCGGUCUGCGCCUGUUUCAAAAGUUCGACAACUUCCGGAUCCUGGUGUGCGGGGGGGACGGCAGCGUGGGCUGGGUCCUGUCAGAGAUCGACAAACUCAACCUACACAAACAGUGCCAGCUGGGGGUGUUGCCGUUGGGAACGGGCAACGACCUGGCGCGGGUGCUGGGCUGGGGCCCGUCAUGUGACGACGACACCCAGCUGCCCCAGAUCCUGGAGAAGUUAGAGCGGGCGAGCACCAAGAUGCUGGACCGCUGGAGCAUCAUGACCUACGAGAUCAAGAUCCCGCCCAAACACAGCUGCCCCACCACGCCUGAGGGAGCCGACGACUGCCAGUUUCAUAUUUCUGCCUAUGAAGACUCAGUAGCUGCUCACCUCACGAAGAUCCUCAACUCUGAGCAGCACUCUGUGGUCAUCUCCUCUGCCAAGAUCCUGUGUGAAACAGUGAAGGAUUUCGUUGCCAAAGUGGGGAAAGCCUAUGAAAAAAGCUCAGAGAAUGCAGAGGAGUGUGACACCAUGUCUCUCAAAUGUGCCAUCCUGAACGAGAAACUGGACUCCCUCCUUCAGACCCUCAACACAGAGUGCCAGGCUCUGCCUCCGCUCCCCCACUCCACCCCUCCCAUCGUAGAGGAGGAGGAGGAGGACGAGGAGGAGGAGGGGGAGGAGGAGGCCAGCGAGGAGAGCCUGACGGAGCUGAAGGAGAAGCUGGAGGAGGAGGAGACGGAGAAAGGAGGAGGAGGGUCCCCGCACCAGCUGUUCAAGAGCAGGGAGCAGCUGAUGCUGAGGGCCAACAGUCUGAAGAAGGCAGUGAGGCAGAUCAUAGAGCAGGCGGAGAGAGUGGUGGACGAGCAGAAUGCCCACACGGACGACACCGAGCUGCCGUCCCCCCUCGAGUUCAGGAAGGACAGCGAGGAGGAGAACAGGGACAGCGAGAAGGACGAGGACACCAAGGAACUGGAAGCAGUGCCCUCUGCAAAGAGUCCGUGUUCUCCAACAGAGAGGAGGGUGAGUCGCAGCACUCAGUCCUACGGCUCCUUCACCAUCACCCCGUUCACCACCAGCAAGGAGAACCUCCCCGUGCUCAACACACGCAUCAUCUGCCCUGGCUUGCGGGCAGGUCUGGCUGCCUCCAUCGCUGGCAGCUCCAUCAUUAGCAAGAUGCUGCUGGCGAACAUCGACCCCUUCGGAGCCACGCCUUUCAUCGACCCCGACCUGGACUCACUAGAGGGCUACAUGGAGAAGUGUGUGAUGAACAACUACUUUGGAAUCGGCCUUGAUGCUAAAAUCUCCCUGGAGUUCAACAACAAGCGAGAGGAGCAUCCGGAGAAAUGCAGGAGUCGGACCAAGAACAUGAUGUGGUACGGUGUUCUGGGCACGAAGGAGCUUCUGCAGAGAACCUACAAGAACCUGGAGCAGAAGGUCCAGCUGGAGUGUGACGGUCAGUACAUCCCCCUGCCCAGCCUCCAGGGCAUCGCUGUCUUAAACAUUCCCAGCUACGCAGGCGGGACCAACUUCUGGGGCGGCACCAAGGAGGACGACAUCUUCUGCGCUCCGUCCUUUGACGAUAAGAUCCUGGAAGUCGUGGCUGUGUUUGGGAGUAUGCAGAUGGCCGUGUCCAGAGUCAUCAAACUGCAACACCACCGCAUAGCACAGUGUCGAACAGUGAAGAUUACCAUCCUGGGAGAUGAGGGCGUUCCCAUUCAGGUGGACGGUGAGGCCUGGAUCCAGCCGCCGGGAGUCAUCAAGAUCCAGCACAAGAACCGGGCUCAGAUGCUCACCAGAGACCGGGCGUUUGAGAACACGUUGAAGUCGUGGGAAGACAAGCUGAAGUACGAUAAGCCUCCUCUGCGGCCUCACCUCUACCCACAGCAGUCUGUGGACCUGGCCACGGAGGAGGAGGCCGCCCUGGUGCAGAUGUGCGCCCGAGCUGCAGAGGAGCUCAUCACAAGGAUAUGUGAGGCUGCAAAGACCAAUGGGCUUUUAGAGCAGGAGCUGGCUCAUGCUGUUAAUGCUGCAUCUCACGCCAUCAACAAGACACACCCCAAGUUUCCAGAGAGUCUGACCAGGAACACAGCGAUAGAGGUGGCCAGCACUGUCAAGGCUCUGUACAACGAGACCGAGUCUCUUCUGCUGGGCAGAGUCUCUCUGCAACUGGACCCGCCAGAGGAGGAGCAGCUGUCCGGCGCGCUGCAGAGUGUGGAGUUGGAACUGGGCAAACUGGGAGAGAUCCCCUGGCUCUACCACAUACUGCAGCCCAACGACGAGGAGGACCACUCUCUGGGUUACGGCAAGAGGAACAGUCGCAGCAGCAUGUUUCGCAUAGUCCCCAAGUUCAAGAAGGAGAAGGCCGCCAAGAAGACGAGCCCUCAGUCAGUGGAGAGGUGGGGCACAGAGGAGGUGGGCGUCUGGCUGGAACAGCUGAGUCUGGGGGAGUACAGAGACACCUUCAUCCGACACGACAUCCGAGGCUCGGAGCUGCUGCACCUGGAGAGGAGGGACCUGAAGGAUCUGGGGAUAUCGAAAGUGGGUCAUAUGAAGAGAAUUCUCCAGGGAACUAAAGACCUGGCCAAGGCCUCCAUGGUUGACCUCUAACCCGGGAGCAGAUGUUGCCGGAGAGGGGGAAAUGAGCGCCCCCUCCCCCUCUGCCAUCAGUGGGAGGAGUCUGGCAGCACCGUGGGCAGCGAAGGAGACGACAGGUAUUCUGGGAGAGCUGGACGCUGUCCCUCUGCCGCGCUGAGACGGCCUCUGUGAUGUUGUGAACAAGAAACAUUAGUGUGUUUGUGCUUUGGUGCCAAAACGACCGAAGGAAGUGCAAAAGGAAGUCAUGGAUCUUCACACAAAAAAGCCAUUUCUGAGUUAAUAACCAUUCCUAGCACACGAUCAGGUAUGCAACUAACCACACUGAGGACAGUUCACGUGUUGUCUGACAAACUAGUAGCAAAACCAGGACUUCCAUGAGUGUGUGUGUGUGUG